UGGGCCAGGCGAGGUAAACAAACCAGCGGAGCACGUGGCGGCGAGACGUGAGCGGUGUACAGGUGGGAGGUGGUUGUGCUGCCUUACUCUGUUACUUCCCGUAUUACCAAGCCCUCUGUCACCUCAAGGCCCAUCCUAGCCCCCUGCCAGCGUGUGUGGAGCAGUGCAGCCCCCCCCAGCCCCGCCACCGUGUGCUGGACUUGGGGGUAGCUGACUUGGGGCACUGACUACUAAAGGACCUGUGACGACUGUUGUUUUGUGUUAUAGCAGGCCGGUCUUCAAGCAGCCAUGGCGAAACGAGGCAGCAAGCUGGCGAAGAAGGCCAAGAAGAAGGGCCUCUCACAUGCCAAGAUCUCCAACAUCCGCAAGUACAAGAUGGCCAAGCGCGGGGAGAUGACAGAGGCGCAGCGCAAGAAGAAGAGGCAGGAGAAGAAGGCACAGAAGAAGAUGACGUAUGCUGAGCUGCGGGACAGAAAGAAGCAGGCCAAGGAGCGGAGGGAGAAGUUUGAGGCAGAGGAGGAGCUGUACCCUCUCACUGCUGAGGUGUCAGGUGAGGACAUGAUGAAGAUGAUGGACCCUGAGGACCUGACGUUUUUGAUGGAGAAGAAGGGGACCAAGAAAAAAAAAAAAGUUGAUGCCAAGGAAGGGAAGGAGGACUAUGAGAAUGAGGCACGCUCUUUUGAUGAGGUUCGUGAUGGCAAGAAAGUGAAGGGUCUGCUGCCGUACAAGACUGACAAGGGCAUCAUUCCAAGGUUCAAGGAGGUGGAAGAUGAGGAGGCAGAAAAAACAGGUGAGGAGAAAGGAGAGGAGGAAGAAGAGGAGGAGGAAGAGGAGGAGGAAGAGGAGGAGGAGGAAGAGGAGGAGGAGGAGGUGAAGAAGGUACCUGAAGAGAAAUCAACUAUUGAAUUCCUGAUAGAGAGAAAGAAGAAACUGGAUGAGAAGAAGAUCAAGAUUGGGUGUCUGGCGGCUAACUUCAUCCAGCACCCAGAGGAGAGGCUUUCAGGUUUCUCCAGCUUGCUGCACUUCAUGGAGGAAUCAGACCCAGACAUUGCACUGACCAUUAAGAAAUACACAGCGCUGAGUCUGCUGGAGGUGUUCAACAAGGUGAUCCCUCAGUACCCCAUUCAGAAACACGACAUCAGCGAGAAAUUGAAGAAGGAAACCAAGCAAGUGUAUUUUUAUGAGAACCAUCUCCUUUCUGGCUACCAAAUCUACCUGAAGGGUCUGGAGAGCAUGCUGUCUGAGUGUAUCAAGAAGACUAAGGUCCCCGCCAUGCAGGCUCUAGGGACCGUGGCAGUGAGGUGCUUCGGGGAGCUGCUGAACACACACAGCCACUUCAACUACACCAGCAACAUCAUCCAGGCCCUCAUCCCUGUCCUGAACCACCCCCACGAUCCGCUCUCCGACCUCGCCACCUCGUACCUCACCAAGAUGUUCAAGAUUGACAAGAUGGGCUACCACUCAUAUGAGAUAGUGAAGCGCAUCGACCACUUUGUGCGGCGUCGGUCCUUCAGGGUACGGCCAGAGGUCCUGCGAGUGCUGCUGGGGCUCAGGAUGAAGGACGCUUCUUCUCUGGACACCAUCAUUGAGUCUAAGCUGAGCUGCAAGCGCAAGAUGACCCACACAGAGAAGCUCCUUAAGAAGGUCACCGAGGAGCAGAAGAGGAAGAAGUCAAAGAAGGAGACGAAGCUGUUCCGUAAGAAGAGGAAGCUGGAGGAGCAGAUGAAGGGAAUUAAGGAGGAGAAGAUGAGUGAGGCACGCAAGAAACAGCACACCGGCCUCAUCCAGCUGGUGUUUGGCCUUUACAUCCACGUGCUCAAGAGGAGGCCAAACAACAAACUGAAUGCCGUGGUGCUGGAGGGGCUGGCCAGGUUCUCCCACUUGAUCAACAUUGAGUUCUUCGCUGACCUCCUCAAUGUGCUUGGUGGCCUCAUGUCAGAGGGAUCACUCAAGUUCCGAGAGUCCCUUCACUGUAUCCAGGUUGUGUUCACCAUUCUGGCCGGCCAAGGCGAGGUCCUCACUCUCGACCCCCACAGGUUCUUCACUUACCUCUACGCCAAUAUGUUCCGUCUCAGUGCUGGCAUGAACCACGAUGACAUACAGUCCGCCCUGGAGUCCCUGAGGCAGAUGUUGGUGGAGCACAAGAGGAAGGCCAACCCGGGCCGUGUGUUGGCCUUCAGCAAGCGGCUCGCCACCCUCAGCCUGGCCCUCCUGCACCACGGCACCAUCCCAGCCCUUACCACCCUGCGCAGCAUCAUCCUGGCUCACCCGCCAGUGGAGGCCCUCAUGGAGACAGACAUAGAGGGCACCAGUGGAGUGUUCUCAGCUGAGGUGGAGGAGCCGGAGCAUUCCAAUGCCGGUGCCUCCACCUUCUGGGAGUUCCACCUUCUGUCUAGGCAUUACCACAGCACAGUGCAGCAACUGGCAACACAUCUGCUGGCUGGUGUGCCCCUACAGGGAGACAAAACACUUCCCUACACACUCACAAAGAGAUCAGUAUAUGAGUUGUUUGAGGAAUACAACUCCAGUGAGAUGCGUUUUAAGCCCCCUGUGCCUCCCCCUGGCCAGCACCUCACCAACCAGGUCUGCAGCAGGACCAAGAAACGCAAGAGAGGGAAUAGGGACCACUAUGUCACUGACUUCAUGUUCACACAGGUUGAGACACUGAAAUCCCCACUUGUCAAUGGGCACACAAAAGACAAGAUCAAUGGCAUUCCUAAAGUUAAUGGUUUCACAGAGAACGUUGGAUAUUCAGGCGAGUUUCCCUGUGUUAAUGUACAAGAUGUGGAUUUCUCAAGUGGAAUGCUGGCCAAUAUGGAACUCAAGAGGAUAAAAGUGAGGGAGAGAGAGGAGGAGGCUGCGAGUAGAGCUGUCACUGUCAGUCUGGUCAAGGUGGAGAGUAAAGCAUAGGAUUGGGAUUGUGGGUAAGCUAAAUAAUAAAGUGUUUUGUUUGUU